CUUCAGCUGAAAGUCAAGCAAAAUAAAAGUGGUUAGCUUUUGGCCGUUUUACUGUUCUCUUUAGAUUACUCUAGUCCCGAUUCGCUUGAUGUAGGGUUCCUGUUAAAGAGUUGGUUCAUAAGAAGCCUAAAAUGGGGAGCAAUAUCUCUCAGCAUAUCGACAAUGCACGAAAAACAGGAGUGUGUUCACUGGCGGGGAAAAACUUAUCCGAGGUUCCACCUCAGCUUUUUAAACUUGGUGACUCUCUGAGAACUCUGGAUCUCUCAGGAAACAAAUUCAAAUCUUUGCCGCCAGAGAUUGGUGAACUUACUGGUCUCAAAAACUUAACAUUAUCUUCAAAUCGAUUUGAAACACUCCCAAAAGAAAUAAAUAAAUUAAAGAAACUUGAAACAUUUGCUGCAAACAAAUGCUCCAUCAAAUUGUUACCAGCUGGAGUCUUCACUGGAUUGCACAAUCUAAAGAAACUUGAAAUGUCUUCAAAUCAGAUAUCAACUUUUCCAGAUGAGAUUUGCAGCUUGAGGCACAUUGACUUCAUUGAUCUGUCAGAUAAUAAACUGAAAUUGAUCCCUGAUAAUAUUGGAGAAUUGCAAGCAAUGGAAUUGAAUUUAAAUGCCAACCAAAUUUCUUAUUUACCUCAUUCCUUGGCUGCUUGUCCUCGGAUGAAAGUUUUGAGACUUGAGGAGAAUUGCCUCCCUCUAGAUGCAGUCAAAGAAACCUUGCUGAAGGAGUCAAGACUAUCCCUGCUUGCACUAGAUGGUAAUUUGUUUACUAAGAAGGAGCUUCGUGAAAAGGAGGGAUAUGAUCAGUAUAUGGAAAGGUUCACAGCAACUAAGAAGAAGUUCACUUAAUCAAGGCAAAUCAUUUCUGAAAUGUUAUGCUGAACACUGAACACUGUUACAAAAAUUUGAGUGUUAUAUCUCCCUUUGAGUCAGUUCAUCAUUUUGCAGUGCAAGUGAUUGCUGUACUGUAUUGCAUGCUGAAAAUGAAGCUGGUUUCAAAGGA